GCGAGGUCGAGACGAGACGCCAUCGUCGCGGGACAAGUCGACCGGGGAACCUCCGUCCGCGUCACCACCUUCCUCUCGCGCGCGCUCAGAAGUCGCCGGAGCCCUCCCCCCGCCGCCAUGGAGGAGGCGCAGGUUGUGCAGUCAAAGGAUGGAACUAUCUCGGUUGCUUCUGCAUUUGCUGGUCAUCAGGAAGCUGUACAAGACAGGGACCACAAAUUCUUGACAAAAGCAGUGGAAGAAGCCUAUCGGGGAGUUGAUUGCGGUGAUGGAGGUCCGUUUGGUGCUGUUGUCGUCUGUAAUGAUGAAGUAGUAGUUAGCUGCCAUAACAUGGUUCUGAAGCACACUGAUCCAACUGCUCAUGCUGAAGUAACUGCAAUAAGAGAGGCUUGCAAAAAGCUAGGGAAAAUUGAGCUGUCUGACUGUGAAAUUUAUGCGUCCUGCGAGCCAUGCCCAAUGUGCUUUGGUGCAGUUCAUCUCUCUCGGAUCAAGAGGCUAGUUUAUGGAGCUAAGGCGGAGGCUGCCAUUGCCAUUGGAUUCGAUGACUUCAUCGCAGAUGCUCUGAGAGGCACUGGGUUCUACCAGAAGGCCAACAUGGAGAUCAAGAAGGCUGACGGCAAUGGAGCGCUGAUCGCUGAGCAGGUCUUCGAGAAGACCAAGGAGAAGUUCCAGAUGUACUAAUGUUUAGCAGAAAAACAAAUCUCAUAUUUGUAAAACGCUCAUUCAGAAGGAAUAAUAGAAUGCCCAAAUUUCCAUUGCUUCAGAAAACUAUCCGUCCAAAUGUUUUACAUUCCGAGGAUAUCCCAAUCUCUUGUAAACUUUCAAGGCGGUUCUUUGCUGUCGCUUAAUGUGCAGUUAAUGGAAUU